AUGGCCCCGAAGUCUCACACUCACUUUUCUCGCCGUGGAGCCGCGAAGGAGCUCCUGGCCUCCAGCCUGUCCUACGCCGCGGACGAGGCACCGAGUCCCGUGGUAAGGUACGUCAGAUCCCGAAUCGACAUCCCAGAAGUGGGUGCGGUCACACUUCCUGUUGAGUCGGUGCUCGACGGGAUCGGGAGGAGCUACGUGCUGGACUACGAGCAAGCGAUGAUGAAGACUCCUGACGAGUGGUCCCGCGUCUUGGAUAGCGAGCCGCCCGUCACUCCCUACAUGGACGAGGUUUUGAAGCGUGACCCUGUGGCAUACCACGCUUUCAUCGGCGACCUGGUGAAGGCUAACAUGCUGGGUUUCACGUACCGCCCAAAGGAUUUAGUCACCCCUUUUUUCGUGGCCAAGAAGAGUGGAGCACAGCGUCUCGUCUGGGACGCUAGAGUGCCAAAUCGACGUUUUCGCGACCCGCCGCCGCUGGCCAUGGGGACAUCGGCUGCGUACGGUCGCCUACAGCUACCUGAUGAUCGUAAGGAGGACGGCAGCUUCAGCACCAAGCUCUUCUGCGCCCAGGCUGAUGUGCGCAACUACUUCUACGCUCUCGGCCUGAGGGAGGAGCUGGGACUGUUCUUCUCGCUGCCGCCGGUGUCGCAGGCUUCGUUGUCGCAGUGGGGGGUUGAGGCAGUGGGCACUCCCGAGGGCCCCUCAGGGGGCUGGGUGUGGCCGUUCCUGCGGGUCGUUCCGAUGGGCUGGUCCUGGGCUUUCUGGCUUGGGCAGCGUGCGAAUGCGCACGUCUGCUGCUCUGCCUCGGGGCUCGGGUUCCCGCGGGUGCUGACCGAUCACGGUCCGGUGCCCCCGCUCGACGGGGGUGUCCCUUGCCUCCUCCCCUAUUGCGAUAACAUCAACGUCAUCGGCACCGACCCUGUCAGAUGCAAUGUCCUGAUGCACCAGAUCUGCGACGCCUGGAGGAAGCAUGGCGUGCAGAUUCACGAGGUGGUCGAGGCCACUGACGUCUUCACCAGCCUCGGCCGUCUGAUCGACGGCGCGUCUAGGCGAGUUUUCUCACGGCCCGAGCGCUCCGAGCGCCUCCGCCAAGCUUCACUGUGGCUAGAGCAGCGCCCUAGAGUCACGGGGAGGGAGGUGGAGAGGUACGUGGGCUACGAGGCCUCGGAGGGGCCGUUCGACGUCUUCAGCGACAUCGAGACCGUCAAGGCCCCCAAGAGCACCAGCGUGGACCUCGCCAAGGGCCCCUGGGAGCUCAACCCGCAGUUCACAGAGGUGCCCGUACAGGCUCUGCAGGGCCCCCAGUGGAAGCAGGCGGUCUCGGCCAGGGUUCACGUCGAGGAGCCCAUCACUAUUAUCGAGGGGAGGGCUUCGAACAUGACAUCUCGUCAUAUCACGAGGGCCCAGGUGUCUCGCCUGCCCCGCGCGGUGUCCGUCAAGCGCCCAGCCGCCAGCCCCAAGAUCGUGCAGAAGAGCUUUUUGAAGGGCAGGCCGUUUGUUGGGGCGACGAAGGAGGAGAGGAUCGCUCACCGUCUGCGGGCCUCUGGGCCGUUCACGAUGGUGGGGGAGGACGAGAGGAGCUUCCUGGAGUGGAACGCGGUGGCGCCCGAGACCCAGGCAUGCUACAAGGGCGCCCUCGACGACUUCCAGACGUUCGUGGACCUCUUCGAGCUGCCGCUGCACACCGCGGCUCAGGUCGACCUGGCGCUGAUGAACUACGCCGACUACGCCUGGAGCAUCGGGCUCGAGAGAGCCGCCGUCCUGAAAACAUAUGCCGCGUACAUCUCGGCGCACCCCGACUUUUCCCGAAAGGGGCCCUCCGAGGCCGUCGGCCUGCGCGAGCAGGACCUCUUCCUCCCCUCGGGCUCGUGCACGGACUACGGCUUCAACCUGCACCCCAGCGCGAGGGGCGAGUACAGCAAGACCAGCUUGUCGGACGAGAGCUUGCUCCUCGAUUCGGUCGAGGUGCCCUGGCUGGGCCCGCUGCUGGCGCGCGCGAGGUCGGGGGACCCGCAGGCGCCGCUGUUCCGUCUCACCGCCGCGCAGCUGGGCGUCCUGUGGCGCAAGUCGCUGGAGCUGGCCGAGGUGCCCACCAGGUGCGUGCCCUACCAGCUCCGCCGCGGUGGCCCGUCGCACGAUCGCCUCAAGAGGUAUCGGUCCAUGGACGAGAUCAAGAGGCGCGGGCGGUGGGCCUCCGACUACACGAUGAAACGCUACGAGGCCCACGCGCUGGUGCAGCAGGAGCUUGCAGCGCUCCCAGUCGACGUCCGCCGCAGGGCCGAGGCGGCGCCCGCGAAACUGCACGCCGAGCUCGAGAGGCUCCUGGCGCGGCCCCAGAGGCCGUUCGUCGAGCUCAUGUGCGGCUCCGCCGCCUUGGCCAAGGCCGUCCACGCCGCCGGCUGGGCUUCGGAAGGCUGGGGCUACGCAGACGACCCGCGAGCCGACCUUCUUGAUGAAUCCCUCAUCGGCAGUCUGGUAUUGAGGAUCCCACGGAAGGAGGUCGCGGGGGUGCAUGUCGGCCUGGACUGCAAAACGUGGAGCCGGGCAAGGAAGAAUGAUGGACGGGGUCCGUCGCCACUCAGGGACGAUGCGAAUUUGCACGGCCUCCCUCUGCUGGCGGCAGCGGACGCUGAGAAGGUGAGGAUCGCCAAUCGUCUGCUCGCUAAUGUUCUGCGCCUGCUGGCUGCUGCCGUCGAGGCGGGAGUCCCCUUCUCUCUCGAGAACCCUCGCUCGUCUCGCCUCUGGCUUGUUCCAAAGCUGCUGGACAUGGCCCGCGACGCUCACGCCGAGUGGGCUUCUGUUGAUUAUUGCCAGUAUCAGGUCCCCUGGAAAAAGGCGACUACUUUUUUGCUUUUCAAUUGGCUGCCAGCGCAGCCUUCCCUCCGCCUGUGUACAGGCUGUCAAUAA